UCGUUGGGCGGACAUAAAAGGAAGAGGGGGUGUGAGCAUUUGAGUUGGUGAAUUAGUUAAAGGGGAUUUUUUUUCCCAUAACUUUCAUUGCUUGAACUCUCUUAAUUAAGAAGAAAAACAACCGUCGAUUCUAUUUCAUCAAAUAAAUUCUUGAAAGAUAAAAGAAAGGAGACAACUAGAGAAGAAGCAAGGAACCUUUUUCCCCCCAUGUGCAGUGGUUCAAAAAAGAAAGUUUUUACUGGUGAAGAGGUCAUGGAGGGUGAGAUUUACAUGAAAGAUUCAGGUGUAAAUCGCCAAAACUCUUCAUUGUUGCUUGAAUUAUCUGCAACAAAUGAUGUAAGCAGUUUUAAGCAUGCAAUAGAGAAAGAUGGUUAUGAUAUUGAUGGUGCAGGGCUUUGGUAUGGUAGGCGAAUUGGGUCUAAAAAGAUGGGGUAUGAGGAGAGAACACCUUUGAUGGUUGCUUCCAUGUUUGGCAGCAAGGAUAUCUUGUGCUAUAUCCUCCAAACUGGUCGUGUCGAUGUCAAUCGUGCUAGCAGGUCAGAUGGUGCCACCGCCCUUCACUGCGCUGCGUCUGGUGGUUCUAUGUAUACACAUGAGGUGAUUAAGCUGUUAGUUGAAUCAUCUGCUGAUGUUAACCGAGUUGAUGUUGAUGGAAAUCGACCUUGUGAUGUGAUUACCCCUUCACUUAGUUUCUCCUCGAAACUGAAGAGAACUCUUAAAAUUUUGUUGAAUAAGGAUGAUCAUCAAAGUGAAGAAGCUCGGAAUCAAAUAGAAGAGGGGCAACAACUGGUACAGCAAGAGGGUUUGUCUCCCAAAGCUUCUAGUGAUGGGAGUGGAUCAGAAAGGAAAGAAUAUCCUAUUGAUCCUUCACUCCCUGACAUUAAGAAUGGAAUUUAUGGUACUGAUGAGUUUAGGAUGUAUACCUUUAAGGUGAAGCCUUGUUCUAGGGCUUACUCUCAUGAUUGGACUGAGUGCCCUUUUGUACAUCCUGGGGAGAACGCUAGGAGGCGGGAUCCCCGGAAGUACCACUACAGCUGCGUUCCCUGCCCGGAAUUCCGGAAAGGGGCGUGCCCUAAGGGUGAUUCUUGCGAGUAUGCUCACGGUAUAUUCGAGUGUUGGUUGCAUCCGGCUCAAUACCGUACUCGUCUUUGUAAAGACGAAACUAAAUGUGCUAGGCGUGUGUGCUUCUUUGCUCAUAAGGUGGAGGAACUUCGCCCCUUGUAUGCCUCUACAGGCUCAGCUGUUCCUUCUCCGAGAUCAUAUUCAUCAGGUGGCCUUUCGUUUGACAUGGCUUCGCUGAGUCCGCUUGCUCUUGGUUUGCCUUCCGUGAUGAUGCCCUCGACUUCUACACCACCAAUGACUCCAACUGGUGCUUCUUCUCCCGUCGGAGGUACUGCUGCUUGGCAGAAUCACCUUAACAUCACACCUCCGCCUGCUUUGCAGCUCCCUGGUAGUAGGCUAAAAGCUGCACUAAGUGCAAGAGACAUGGACAUGGAGACUGAGUUACGCCGUCACCAGUUGUUAGAUAAGCUCACUAGUCUCUCUCUAUCCUCACCAUCAAACUGGAAUGGUGAGUUGGGAAGGCUUGGUGGUAUGCCUCUAUCCUCACCAACCAGUGUCCAGAUGCGCCAGAACAUGAACCAGCAGCAGCUCCUUUCUAACUAUUCUUCUGCACUGCCAUCGUCUCCGGUUAGGGGCUCAUCAUUUGGACUCGAACCCAGCAGUUCACCCGUCUCAAACCCAAGAUUGGCUGCAUUUGCUAAGCGGAGUCAGAGCUUCAUCGAUAGAAACACUGUCAAUCGAAAUUCUGGAGGGUUCUCAUCGCCUGCAUCUAACACUAGCAUGAUGCCUUCUCAUCUCUCAGACUGGGGCUCACCCGAUGGAAAAGUAGACUGGGGUGUUCAAGGAGACGAGCUAAAUAAGCUGCGUAAAUCUGCGUCAUUUGCUUACAGAAGCAGCAGCAGUAACUCGAGCUCAUUGAGGACUUCCGCUUCAGAUGAGCCUGAUGUUUCUUGGGUUCAUUCUCUUGUAAAAGAAGCUCCGCCAGGGAAAUCAGCUCAGCUUGGCCUUGAUGAGCAGCUCAAAGAACAGUAUGAUAUGAUGGAGAGAAUGCCGCCUUGGGUGGAGCAAUUCUACAUGGAGCAGGAACCAAUGGCGGCUUGAUCAUCGAUCCUAACAAUUCAAUUAUAAUUUCUUAAUUGAGAUUUUAGUUUUUAUCUUACAUAGUAGGUUGAAGAAAUCAAAGACAAAAGUUCCAAGAAAUCACCGCCCAACAGAAGAAAUCUGAAGAUUGUGCAGAGAAUAAAAAGAAUUCUGCUGAUACAUUCAAUAGGAAUUCCGGGAAUUUACAAGUGAAAGUAUUCUUUUUCUUAAAUUAAUUCUAUUUUAAGUUUUUACAUAUUGUUUUCUUCUUUUGGUAUUGGGAGUCUAGGAGAUGAAUUAUUAUUAUCAGACAAUGGUAUCCUGCUGAAGGUAGUGAUAUAUAUUAGCAUCCCUACUUCUUAAUGAAGAUGUACUGAUCAAUUGAUUCAUACAUUCUUACUAUAUAUAGAACUAUUAUUUA